AUGGCUGUGAGGCUUUGCUGUGCCUGGAUUUCCAUCCUCCUCCUCCUGCCCAGCCUCUCGGAUGGAGGGAAGCUCCUGGUGGUGCCCAUGGUGGGAAGCCACUGGCUGAGCAUGCAGGAAGCGGUGGCGAAGCUGAGCGAGAGGGGACACGAGGUGGUGGUGCUGGUUCCCGAGGUGAGCUGGCAGAUGGAGACCAAGCAGGCCUACAAGGUGGUCACGCACCCAGUGAGCCAGACCCUGGAAGAGCUGGAUAAUGCCUUCCAGGAAUGCCUUGCCGUGCCCCUGACGCAGAAGCCUUUCCCCUUCAAUGCCCUGGCAAUGUACAACGCCUCAGUGCAUGCUUUCAACACAUUUUUUGGGCAGUGCAAGGACCUGUUCCGCAGCCAGGAGACCCUGAAGUUCCUCAAUGAGAGCAGAUUUGAUGCCGUCCUGACAGAUCCUAUCUUCAUGUGUGGGCCCAUCCUCGCCCACCAUCUCUCUCUUCCCUUUGUGUUCUUCAUGAGGGGAUUUGGUUGCAACCUCCAUUUUGCAGCCCCACAGUGCCCAAGCCCUCUGUCCUACAUCCCAAGACUCUUCAGCUUCAACUCAGACCACAUGACAUUUUUCCAGAGGGUGGAAAAUGCCCUGAUUUCCCUCCUGGAGCUUGAUUACUGCAACGGUUUCUAUGAAGAAGCGCUUAAGCUUUCCUCAGAAGUUCUUCAGAGGGAUGUGUCCCUGAUGGACCUCGUGAACUCCGCUGCCAUUUGGAUCCUGAGGUUUGACUUUGUGUUCGAGUACGUCAGGCCAGUGAUGCCCAACAUGGUCUUUGUGGGGGGGAUCAACUGUGCUAAGAAGAAACCGCUGCCUAAGGACCCAGGGCCUGAGUGGGUCAGCAAUGUCACCUCAGAGCAGGGAAGCAAAUCCAGUGGAUGA